AUGGAUACCUUCGAUGACCUCAAUGGCCAAGAGCAAAUGAUGGCGCUCAUCAACGCGUCCACCAGCAUGACUCAAACCACCAAUGGAAAAGCCAAGCCCACCAUCUCGCUCGAGAGAAAUGGCCGCAAGCUCGAUAUCGUGCCCCACCGCAUGGUCAGCACCGAGUCAGUCAAGCUCAAGGAUGGCGCGCGCGGUAUGCCCAAGCAGGCAGCCGCACGGCCCGCCAAACGGACGCGCCUGUCCAAUGCCGCGCCGUCUCCUCCCCCUCAGGUCGACGACGAUGACUGGGAGUCGGACGACAGUGAUGACGAUGACGAUGACGAUGAUCCUUGGGAGUGCAUCAAGGCGAACAUUGCGCUCAUCAACGCGCUGAACCCCGAUGAGCUCGCAUACUCCAUCUCUAUCGAUAAAUCCCAAGUGCAUACGGCGCACAUGGACGACUUUGUCAAUGGCCUCAUCGCCCUCAAAGACCUCCCUCCGGGGUGCAUCGACAUCGCCGGGCCUGAAGGCCUGGCAGGGGAAAAUCUCGCUCGUGCAUACGUCAUUGAGCGGCGGAUCGAGCAUGCGGAGGACGAGGAGGCCGAGGCGAUGUAUCAGAAGAUGAUCAAGGGACGGGUUGGGAAGGACGGCAAGACCAGGGGCCCGAUGUCAAUCGCGACGAUGAUGGGGGAGGGGACGCUAGAGGAGCAGCUGGCCGAUCCCGUCAAGGCCAAGGCGUGGCGAGAGAGGAGCAAGGUCGAGAUGGCGCAGAUGUUGGAGAUGUCGGGGGACAGCGUCAGCGAGGACUCGACCGAGAUGAGGAGAAGUGUACAGGUCAUGCUCGACGCGAUCCGCGCGGAUGAGCGGGAGGAGGAAGCGCAGGAAGCAGAGGAGCAGGCCAAGGUCUCGGAAUUGUUGUAG